AUGGCCGCCGAUGGCAGAAGACGCGUUAAGUUAUAUGUCCUGAACAAGGAUAGCCAGUGGGAUGAUUGUGGCACAGGACACAUUUUACCACUGUUAACAGACCAGGAUUCACCCUCUUUACACAUACAUGUUCGUUCAGAAGCAGACGACUCUACAUUGCUGGAAUCGGAGAUCCGCCGAGGAAUAAACUAUCAAAAACAGCAAAACACUUUGAUUGUAUGGGCCGAAAAUAAAACAACCGAUCUAGCCUUGAGCUUCCAGGAAAGAGAAAGUUGUGAUGAAAUCUGGAACAAAAUUUGUGAAUUCUUAGGUACAGAUCCAUCGAUUGAUUUAGAUGAUCCGGAUAUCUCCUCAAGACCUAUUGAUGACGAUAAUGUAUCAACGUCUAUCUCGCCUUUGGAAUUACCACAUUGUGAGCCAGGAAAAUUGAAAGAAAUAUGUGAUAUUAUUAGUUCAAGCCUGCAUCCUCUCAUACGACGUGAUAGGUUAACAUUGGCGAUUGAAAACGAAAAUUAUAUAUCACAAUUGGUCGAUUUGUUUCGUAUGUGUGAAGAUUUGGAAGAUCGUACUGGAUUGCACUACCUGUAUGACAUAUUUAAACAUUUAUUUUCACUCAAUCGUCAUUCGUUGCUAGAAAUAAUGCUGGAUGAUGGAUUAGUUGAAGGUACCAUUGGUUGCUUAGAGAACGAUCCUAGUUUAACUGAACCUCGUAGACAUCGUGAAUUUUUGCGCUCUAAAGCGAAAUUUAAGGAAGUCAUUCCUAUUGAUAAUUCUCAAUUGCUAUUUAAAAUUCAUCAAACGUACCGUGCACAAUUUAUCCAAGAUGUAGUCUUACCAACACCGUCUGUAUUUGAAGAUAAUACCAACUCUGCUAUAUCUUCAUUAAUUUAUUUAAACAAAGUGGAAAUUGUUACAAUUGUUCAGAACGAUGAACAGUUUAUUAAAACUUUAUUUGAUAUGAUGGCUAGCGAAUCCACUCCUAAUGAAAAGCGACUGGAUUGUGCGAGAUGUUUAAAGGAAUUAUGCUCCUUUUCACAAUCGUUGCAAAUUGAUGGACGAACUGCAUUUUUCAAGACUUUACUAGAUGCCGAUCUGAUACCUGUGAUCGAAUUACUUUGGGGAAACAAUAGCGAGCAGCUAAGAAUGAAUGCAACUGAAAUCUUCUGCUGUGUGGUAGAUAGUAAUCCUUCGUCAGUAAGACAGAUUCUAUUACAGGAUGAAAACCCUACUGAUGAUAAUGCUAUUUUCUUAAAUAUUGGCAUCGAACAAAUGAUCUUUGAUGCCGAUGGAGGCAUUGCUACACAAUUUUCCUCUAUACUACGAACGCUGUUAGAUCCUGACAACAUGAUUAUUCGACCUAACCGAACAGAAAAAUCGGAAUUUUUAACGUUUUUUUAUAAGCAUUGUAUGCACAUAUUAAUAGCGCCGCUAUUAGCGGCUACGUCCUCUAGCAAGAUCAAAGAUGACAGCAGAUCGUCCGUCUUACUUAGUCUUAUUUUAGAUUUAGUCUCUUUCUGUGUUGACCAUCAUACCUAUCAUAUCAAGAACUAUAUAUUUAGAAAAGAUCUACUGGGUAGAGUUUUAUUACUACUCAAAUCCAGAUACUCUUCGGUUGUACUUGCUGCACAAAAAUUUUGUAGACAGAUUAUCGGUUUGAAGGAUGAUUUCUAUAAUCGAUAUAUAGUGAAAGGAAAUUUAUUAGAACCAGUUAUUAAAGCAUUUAAAAUGAAUGGCAAUCGUUACAAUAUAUUUAAUUCGGCCGUAUUAGAAAUGUUUGAAUUCAUUAGAACGGAGGAUAUUAAAAUGCUCUGCAGUUACAUAAUAGAGAAAUUUUGGGACGAUCUGAAAGAUGUUAAUUACGUUGGAACUUUUACUGGCUUAAAACAGCGCCAUGAUCAGCAUCUAGACCGCAAGAACAGUACCUUUAUGCCUAAUGAAAAUAUUUGUAUCGGUAAUGAUCGAUUUCGAAAAGAUCCACGUCAACUGGAUGAUGACGAAGAGAGUUGGUUCAAUGAAGAUGAUGACGAUGACGAUACUGUAGAAGAUAGCCCGCCACAAUUGCUUGACAAUGACGAUACUGUAGAAGAUAACCCGCCACAAUUGCUUGACAAUGACGAUACUAUCGGCCUUGUCGAUUACGAAUCGGAUUCUGAUAGCUUAUCGGACGAGGAUUCAACGCAAAAUAAACGAAUGAAGUUGUCUUAA